UUCAUCGCGUCGCGCGGGCGAGCAUGUCGAACAAAGGAAGUCUAGAACCUUCAAUAUCGCGUCGCUCGUGCCGCAGCGAAUGGCCGAAUCGCCACGAUCCGAUCACUCGAGAUCACCAGGCGCAGUACUCCGCGGAAGCGUCGAUCCGUCUAGUAUUCGCGGCUUCGAUACAAACAGACUCGCUUCUAGCGCCCGAUUACACUCAGCGAAUCCGGACGCUGCCGCUCUCCCCACCCGGCGGAUCUGCUCCGCCUUUGUUCCUUCCGCCAAUCCAAUUCCGCCAUGCCCCCUCGCGCACGCGCACGCGAACGCGCAUCCCCAUCCCCACUCUCACAACUACUCUCGCACGCGGCGGAGAAUCGACACCCACUCGCCCCGUCCAUUCCAUCUCGGCUCGGGAGAAGGGAUCAGACCCGUAGGCGGCGAGAGCGAUCGUGAACAACUCGCAGGGCUUACGAAGGGUUUUAACAAUCCAGAUUCUCCUUUCGCCGACUUGCUUUCCGCCGACUCCCCUCUCGCCAUCGCCGCGAAUCCGCCCCAUGCCUCCGCCGCUUCCGCUGCUCUCCGUAAUGGUGGAUUAGGAUUAGGCAUCCGGCACGCUUCUUGGUCGAGUAGCAGCAGCAACCUGAGCAGCGGCGGCGGCGGCGGAGGUGGAGGCGGAGGGUUUCUGGGUUUUUCGUCGCCUUCCAAGAAGUUUCAAGAGAAACGCUUGAUUGGCUAUUCACCAGAGCAGGUGUUUGACGUGGUGGCCGGGGUGGAACACUACUCUGCCUUCCUGCCCUGGUGUGUGGGCUCGCAUGUGCUGUGGCGGGCACCGGAUGGCAUGGAGGCGGAGUUAGAGAUCGGGUUCCACAUGCUGCGGGAGAAGUACCUUUCGCGGGUUACCUACAAGCGACCGCUGUUUGUUACCGCUCGUUCAGCGGACACGGGGCUGUUCCACCAUCUGGACAACCACUGGGAGUUCGCCCCUGGCCGCCUCCCCGGCUCCUGCCUGCUCUCCUUCUCCGUUGACUUCCAGUUCCGCUCCCUGCUCUACACCCAG